CCGUUGGGGACUGGGUGGGGUAUCCGGAAGUGAGACGAAAAAAAGGGAAGAGUUCAGGCAACUGAACAAAUUGGGUGAAGAGAAAGCAAGGGGAGGGCAGAAAGACUUCGUGACAUUAAAACUCAUUCAUUAAUUCGAAUAAGAAACCGAAUGCUUGCCUUAACAUCAAAGCGUUCAACGCGUCCUCGCUCGCGCUAAAUUCAACUUUCAUAACCUCCUGGCCGAGAUAAUACAUCUCGUUCCUGGUUUUUUCCUCUUUUUACGAACACUAUUAUUUGUAUCUAGUAAAAUUCAAGAAGGCGUCGGUCCAAUCAAAGAGACAAGCGCGUGAAGCAUCUGAUCCUCACGUUACUUCCACUCGCUCUGCGUUUGACUUGUUGGCGGGGCGUUGGUGCCUUGGACUUUUUUUUCUUCUCCUCUCUCUUUCUGUCGUUGUCUUCUUCGCGGCUCGGUCCACUACGCUGCUCGGGAGGAAUCCGAUUCAUUCGACUACACUACUCCUAAAGUAACACGUUAAAAAUGGCCGGAUCCAACAGCAUCGAUGCGGUGAAGAGAAAGAUCAAAGUUUUACAACAGCAGGCAGAUGAGGCAGAAGAAAGAGCCGAGAUUUUGCAGAGACAGGUCGAAGAAGAGAAGCGUGCCAGGGAGCAGGCUGAGGCAGAGGUGGCCUCUCUGAACAGGCGUAUCCAGCUCGUUGAGGAAGAGUUGGAUCGUGCUCAGGAGAGACUGGCCACAGCCCUGCAGAAGCUGGAGGAAGCUGAGAAGGCCGCAGAUGAGAGCGAGAGAGGGAUGAAGGUGAUUGAGAACAGGGCUCUGAAGGAUGAGGAGAAGAUGGAGCUCCAGGAGAUCCAACUCAAGGAGGCUAAGCACAUUGCUGAGGAGGCUGACCGCAAAUACGAGGAGGUGGCACGUAAGCUGGUGAUUGUUGAGGGAGAGUUGGAGCGUACAGAGGAGAGAGCAGAGCUUGCUGAGAGCAAAUGCGCUGAGCUGGAGGAGGAGCUGAAAAAUGUCACCAACAAUCUUAAGAGUUUGGAGGCCCAGGCUGAGAAGUAUUCCCAGAAGGAAGACAAGUAUGAGGAAGAAAUCAAGAUCCUCACUGAUAAGCUGAAGGAGGCCGAGACCCGUGCUGAGUUUGCCGAGAGGUCUGUGGCCAAACUGGAGAAAACCAUUGAUGAUUUGGAAGAGAAACUGAGAGAUGCUAAAGAAGAGAACAUCAAGAUCCAUGCCACUUUGGACCAGACCCUGAGCGAGCUCAAUAGUUUCUAAGGAAGACCCGGAGCAGGAAUAAAGCCUCUUCUUCCCUUCCUGACACCCUCAUCUCGUUUGGUUUCUUUGUCUCUGCACAUCUGAUUCUUCUGUUUUUCUGUUUCCCAUUUCUUUUCUUCUUUUUUUUUCUCCUGCUGGAGGACGGUCUCACCAAGCCAACCAGCAAAAAUGUGGUGCCUCUCGAUGUUUCAAACCGACUUUAAUCUUUCAGGAGCACUUAUUAAGCUUCACUGCUCAUCUCCUCAGAAAAUCCCAAGUGAUUUCAGGAAUGAUCUACUAUGGUAUUCCUAAAGUGUCAAAUUGUAUAUGCUAACCUUAGGGUAGCGGUUUGUUGCUUUGGUUCUUGACCAGAGCUUUACGAUUGUGGCAAGUUUUUUUCCACACGUCAGCCAAAAGUCUCAAUAAAUAUUUUUCAUUUUACUGUAUGCUGAUUACGUAACAUUUUGUGCCAUAACAGCCAGUCUCAGCUUGGCUUUAGAUGCAUUUUUCCCCUGAUGAUCAUGUGACACAAGAUGUUUUUUGCUGGUCUUGUUGGAGCCUGAUCCACUGCUCUCCUCUUACCUCUUUACACUCUACGUCCUGCACAAGUUUCUGCUGCCUGUUUGUCGGCGUCACAGGUUUUGGGACCAAAACCACAUCAUGUGGUCUGUAACAGUAUGCACAACAAUGCCGCGAGGACCUUUUUGUUUUUUUAUUAUUAAAAGCAUUUGCUUCCAGUUGGA